AGCUAACAUUGGCAAACUACCCAUCUGAAAAUGUUACUAAACUCGGAUAGCUAGAUUAUUAGUCAACUAGUAAGACCAGAGUCAAGUAUCGCUAGCCAAAUUCAGUUGUUACAAAGUUUUGCUUUUCAAAUCAAGGCAUGCUCAUUGUGAGGUGCGGACGUCCUCUGCUUUAAUAAACUUCCGUCGAACAGAUUCUGUCUUAUUCAUUUUGCAAGAAGGACAAUGUAUGAAAAUGUUCCUGCAGUGUCCACACUGGAGCGACAGCAGGUUAUGCAGGCCUUGGAGAGGCUCCAGGCCAAGCUCCUGCAGCGUGAUGAGCAGACCCACAGUGAGAGGCUGGGCGCCCUGAGGGAUGCCCUGCGGAGCCCCCUCCUGGGCCACAUCCUCACCCUGCAGCAUUCCAUCAAGCAGCUCCGAGACCAGCUCAACUGCCUGCCCCCCGGCACCAGCAGUGACUUCAGCUUCUCCAAGAAGGGCCAGCUGAUCUUCAGCGCCAGCCGCCCCGCCAGCAGCCUGUUCGGGCCGGGCCCGGGCUCCGUGGUGUCGAAUGGCACCGGGUUCUCCUCUGUCAGUAUCUUCUCCUCCGAGCAGCUGCAGAGGUGGAUCCAAGCGGCCGCUAAGGGACGGCAGACUGAGCGCAUCGCCCUGCCCAAGCCCCAGUCUGGAGGCCUGGGCUUCAGCGUGGUGGGCCUGAAGCCGGAAGGCGUGGGGAGUCACGGCGUGUUCAUCAAGCAGGUGCAGCCAGGAAGCAUCGCCGACAGGGAUGGCAGGUUGAAGGAGAACGACCAGAUCCUGGUCAUCAACGGGACCGCCCUGGACCAGAGCGUCACCCAGCCGCAGGCCAUCUCCCUGCUGCAGCAGGCGGAGGACAGGGUGGAGCUGGUGGUGGCCCGGGCCGCCGCGGCCCCUCAGCACCCGCCUCCGCCCGGGCCCGUUCUCACGGUGAGAGGCUGUCCCUGGCAACCGAGCAAACUCGUGUGAAAUGAAUGCUGGGAA